CCUUCAUUUUCCUUGCUUCUAAGUUGGCUGGAACCGAAGAAUUUGCAGGAAUAUAUGAAUGUAUUUGCAACUUAUGAGUUUCAUAUGAUAUAUAGAGUGGAAACCCCAAAUUUCGCAGCGGCGGGCGGGCGAGCGAUCGAGAGAAGGAGAGAGCGAAGAUGGGAUGGAUCGGAGGCGCAGUGGAUUCCAUCAAAUCUCUACAGAUCAGACAAGUUCUCUCUCAAGUUGUCAGUCUCGGUAUGAUUAUCACGUCAGCACUGAUAAUAUGGAAAGGGUUAAUGUGUAUAACUGGUAGUGAAUCACCUGUUGUUGUUGUGCUUUCUGGUAGCAUGGAACCUGGCUUCAAAAGGGGUGACAUUUUGUUUUUGCAUAUGAGCAAGGAUCCUAUUCGUGCAGGAGAAAUUGUUGUGUUUAAUGUCGAUGGGCGUGAGAUCCCAAUUGUCCAUCGCGUAAUUAAGGUUCAUGAGCGUCAGGACACUGGAGAAGUCGAUGUUCUUACAAAAGGGGAUAAUAAUUUUGGUGAUGAUAGACUGCUCUAUGCACAAGGCCAACUUUGGUUGCAAAGACACCAUAUCAUGGGGAGAGCUGUUGGGUUCUUACCGUAUGUUGGCUGGGUGACCAUUAUCAUGACCGAGAAACCUAUCAUCAAGUAUUUACUUAUAGGUGCACUUGGACUGCUGGUCAUAACUUCAAAGGAUUAGGGAAUCAAGCAAUAUUGUAACUUAUGACUUAAAACAGGACAAGAAAAACACUUACAUCCAGGAAAUCAAGUCAGCCUGUGAACUCUUUCCUAGAACUGAGCGAAAAUAUUUAUUAAUGGACAAAACUGUUCAUUAACUUCACUACUACUUUUGUCCUUUAUACUACAUCUUUUUCUUGUUCUUUCUACUAUUUUUGGAUCUUGCGUAUGGAGCAUACAGGAGGAUUGGUUUGAGGAUAA